GCUGCUGGAAGGAUAAGACACACGGAGUUACGCUUUGGUUUCUCAGACAAAAUUUUGCCUGCACGGAGAGAAGCAGCGAUUUGGCCGGACUCCUGCUGCCAGGAAGGGGCACACCUGGGCUAGAGAUCAGCCGUCCUCCAGCAGAGCCCUACUGCUCCGGGUGCCAGGUCCUGACCCAGUAGGUUCCCCCCACUCAGCAGGUCUAGAGAGAUGGAUCAACUCAGGGAGGACGUCCCCUGCUCCAUCUGCCUGGAUGUCUUGGACGACCCCGUCUCCAUCGAGUGCAGCCACAACUUCUGCCAGGGCUGCCUCGUGGCUCACUGGCGCAGGGUCUCGGCCCAGGGCUACCAGUGUCCCGAGUGCCGGACUCCCUGCUCCAGGGACAGGAUGACCCCAGACACGCGGCUGAGAGCCCUGGUGAAGAAAAUCACAGAGCCCCUGCGGGAAGAGAUGGAGCUGCAGGGGCCGGGGGCUCAGCCAGAGCCGGGGCGCCCGGUGCAGCUGGUUCGUCUGGAUGACAAAGGCAGCCUGAUCCUGUACGAGGAGGCCCUGAGCCUCUGCCUGGAGCAGGGUGGGGUGGGGGACGCCCCCGUCUGCCUGGUGUCCAUCAUCGGGGAGCAGCGCCGGGGAAAAUCCUUCCUGAUGAACUGCCUGCUGCGCCGGCUCCAGAGCCCGGAGGCUGUGGAUGCGUCAUGGAUGGGCCGAGAAGACGAAGCCCUGGGGAGGUUUGAGUGUCGCAAUGGGACAGCGACCGUGACGAGGGGCGUGUGGAUGUGGGACCAGCCCCUCUGGGUCCAAGCCCAGGGGAGGAGGAUCUUUAACAUUUCCAGUACGUUUAAGCAGACUGAGGCAGAUUAUUUGGAGAUGUUCAUUCAGGUUGCAAAGGAGGUUGGAGGGACCUGCAAUCUGGCCCCAAUCCAGCGCCUGGACCUGUUGGUGCGAGAUUGGCAGCUCUCUGGAGCCUACGGCGCGGACGUGGGGCAGGAGUAUCUUGGAGAAAUCACACAGGACCUGGAGGUCUCUGCUGAGCAGCCCCUGGUGUUGGAAACCCUGAGGGCAAGCGGCACCCGGUGCUAUUUAUUGCCACACCCUGGCACUCAGUUCACCAGGAGCAGGGUAGGGACGCCAGAUGACAUAGACGAGGAUUUCCGGCAGUGCCUGUGUGAGUACGUCACCAGUGUGGUGCACUCAGCAGGGACACACAUCCGGAUGGACUGA